AUGAUUGAUAUUUUAGCAACAAAAGAUCCUAAAAAAGAUGUGUCUAUUGUGAAGGGUCCUAAAGAUAAAUCCUCUAGACGUUUUACAGCUAAUUUGUAUACUAGAGUUUUAUCAAAUGGAGAGAAAUGCGAUAGAGAUUGGCUUGUUAAUUCAAAAAUGUUUGAUAGAGUUUUUUGUUUUUGUUGUAAAUUUUUUAAAAGAGGGAUUGGUAUAGGUCAAUUAGCAAAUGAGGGUUUUUAUACUUGGAAACAUGUUAGUGAAAGACUUAGAGAGCAUGAGGUGGGCAUGGAAUAUGUUCAUAAUAUAACUACAUGGUAUGAGUUUCGUAAAGGAAUGCAAAAUUUUCAAACUAUUGAUAAACCAACUUAA